AUGCAGGACUGCUAUUACAGACUGAGACGCUCAGACAGAACAGGUCAGACACCCUCCAAUCCUGCCAUCCUGGAGCAACGUGGUACCCUGCUGGUGACCUUGAUUGUCUCUGCUCCAGCCCAUCUCUUGCCCAUAAAGGCAACUUUUUCCUGUACCUGUGAGGAGCAGUACAUGGGCACUUUCUGUGAAGAAUACGAUGCUUGCCAGAGGAAACCUUGCCGGAACAACGCGAGCUGUAUUGAUGCAAACGAAAAGCAAGAUGGGAGCAAUUUCACUUGUGUUCGCCUUCCUGUAACCAUCACGAGCCUCCUCAACAAGCCCAAGAGUGAGGUGACCCCAGAGGAGCUGCAGAAGCGUGAAGGGGAGGAAUUUAACAUGGGCCCACUCUCUGCGCUCACGCAGUCAAUCAAGAACAAUACCCAAGGGCUUCUCAACUGCCACAGCAAUAAGAAACUCCUGGACCCUGUGAAGGUCUCUGAUAGGCACUGCAACAUGGUACUAGAGAACGAGAAGGAGAUGCGAACUGAGGUACCCAAGAGCGGCAGGGGCAAGAAGAAGUCCAAGCCAGUCGAUAAAGACUGCUACAUCGCCAAGAUGUUCCUGUGUGGGAACUGGGCCAUCGUGGUCCUGCAGCACCCGCUCACUGCCAGCAGGCAGGGGCCACCUAUCCAUUGA